AGGCAGACAGAACGGGAAACGCAUACACAAACGGCUGAACUCAUGUGCCGUCUGACAACAUAUACAAGCAGUACAUUUACAUGUACAUCAAUAUAAUACUUCGUAUAGGUCGUGCAUCAAAAUGGCGCUGAAGGUAUGGAAUAGUGUCCUAAGAUCAGGGCUUCUCUUCGUACUCUGCACAUAUACACUUAUUGCUGGUAGUAGGGAUUCCAUUCGCCUCCACGGGGGAGCUUCGGAUAAGGAGGGACUCGUGCAGGUCAACGUCAGAGGUGUUUGGAAGGCCAUCUGCAGAACCGAGUGGGACGCACUGGAUGCUCUGGUGGUCUGCAGAGAACUGGGAUUUGAUGAUGGAUAUGCCCAGGUGUGGAACGAAGGCCUUCAAAGACAGAGUUAUCUUCUCACAGUCACGCCAACACCACCGCCGCCUUUCUCUAUCGAGGCAGAGAGGUCCCUGAUCGAGGGAAACGAAUUCGCCUGCAACGGCACCGAAAAUUCUUUGUUAUCCUGCAAAUACAACAAGACGACUUAUUAUUGUCCAGGCCACGCCGGAGUCGCAUGUGGUAUCACCACCAAAGAAUUCGGUAUAUUGAUGGAUGAUUUCAUACAGUCCAGGCGUUCCAGUCGUCUUCAACGCUACACUGUCCCCACAUUUUCGGGGACAUCGACUGGCCGGGUGUUGUCUCCGGUUAGCUAUUACUCUAGGUAUAACGCCGACAGAGUUCAAAUUACAGGCGAUAUAUGUAACAUGGACAAGAGAGCGGCAAUGUUGAUAUGUGACUAUCAAGGGUAUCACAAGGGUGGCAAGGUAAUCCAAUUGCCAUCCAUACCCAACAUACCUAAGCUGAUUCACACAUUAACUUGUAUUGACGCAACAUUCCUUCCGAGUUGUGACGUGGUAUAUACAAAGGACGGAGUGUGUCCUGCCGGUGUUCAAUACAAUAGCGUCGAAUGUUACACAAAGUUGCAACCAUCUGUCUUCGGGUCUCUGGCUUUCCUCGGUGUGGCUUCUAUUCUUAUCCUCAUUGCUGGUGCGUUUGGCGUGUCUAGGAUUUUGCGGAAACCAAAAACUUUAUCAGUUCCUCACCCCGAAUGCCAUGAACACUCCUGAUGAAUGAUACGAAGCUGUUUACUCCUACGAACCGAAGUGUUUGUGUCUCAUUUUCAAUAAAGCAAACAUUGCUAGUGCAAACUCCUGGACAUUACCACUACAGCAGCACUCAGCGAACAACUUUUCCUAAUACAUCGGUUACACCAACGAAACCGACGCAAGACCACAACUGGUAGCACCAAAAACUACAUCGAAUGGCGAAUAAGGUAAGCCUGGAGUUUUUGUGGAGUCGGAUUGGCGUUGUCACUGUCGUAUACGACAAUAAUGUAUACUACCCACUGGACUACUGGUUAUCCGGCACAUGUUCGCUAGAGUCGGGGUAAUAAGAUGAUAAUAGCACAUUUAGACAUUACCUUAGUAAUGAAGCAACAGACUCCAUGUUUUGGAAACCGAUUACAAAUUUUGAGGUUUAAGAUCUUUUAUUCACUUUGAAUCUAAAGAAAGCAUGUGGUUACGAUAAUAUUCCAGCUAGAUUGCUAAAA